AUGGAAGACGACGACAGCGGCGGCAUCCUCGACAUCGAGCUCUCGGACACUGAAGACGUCACCGAGAAGCAGGCCAACCGCACUGGCCAGUCAGAGGCCGAGUUCCAGGCCGUCAAGGCCGACUACAAGGCCAAGGUGGAAAACGGCGAUAUAUUCAAGACCAUCAGUCUGCCUCUGCCCCCUGGGGCCGGCAAGAUGGCUCUCCAGCAGGUUGUCCACGCCAUCGAGGAGCUCUACUACUUCCGUCGCUACCAAGAAGCCCUCGACUUCAUCAAGACACUGCACGAUGACGGCAGUCGGAGGGCCUUUGACCAGGACACGCGCAACCUUGUUGACACCUACGAGGCAAGGUGUUACCGAAAGCUGAAUCCAUCAAGUUGA